AUGAUACAAUGGCAAAUACGACGUAUUAUUAUCCGUGUAAGUUACAAGACUUUCUAUAAACUUAGUGUUAUUUUUGCCAACACAUUUAUUGCAGCAAAUCCAUGUACGGAUACCAUUGUGACGAAUGCAAUCAAUGCUCUAGCAAUGAAUCGACCCGGUUUUCCUGAUCAUGUCGAUAUUAUUCCAAAUCCGAAUAUAUCGUCAUUGUCCAAUACGACAUUAGAAUCCCUCUAUGCCUAUAUCUAUUUUACCAAUCUUGAUUCCUGUACUAGUCCAACAACAAUGCCAAAUCAAGUUAAUUAUACACUGCGCUUGCAAGAAAACGAUCCAUACUACUAUCGUGCUCAACAAGUAAAAUUAAACGAAAACGACAUAUUUUGGAAACGUUCUCCAGAAGAUUUUUGUCAAGGUACGAAAUAG